AUGACGUACACUGUUUGCUGCUCUACAACUACUACUACUACUACUACUACUACUACUACUACCACCACCACUACUGCAACUGUUACUGCAACGCCUCCUACUACGACUACAACUACUUCUAUUACUGCCACUACUACUAUUACUAUUGCUGUCGCUACUGCUACACCGACUACUGCUGCGGGGGUUGUUGAAACACGCCGAGGGGGACGUUCUCCUAUCCUCAACAUCCACGGAGAACGAGUUCGGGUCAACCAGCUGCAAUUGUCACCGACCCGUGUUACAGCCUCCAACAAUGGCAUGCCGCGGCUGAGACAGUCUCCCAGUCGAGGACCGGGACUCUACAAUAGCGGCGACGAGGACAAGGCUACCAUUGUCACUGCUACAUCUACCACUACCAUUGUCACUGCUACAUCCACCACUACCAUUGUCACUACUACAUCUACCACUACCAUUGUCACUGCUACAUCCACCACUACCAUUGCCACUGCUACAUCUACCACUACCAUUGUCACUGCUACAUUCACCACUACCAUUGUCACUACUACAUCCACCACUACCAUUGUCACUACUACAUCUACCACUACCAUUGUUACUACUACACCUACCACUACCAUUGUCACUACUACAUCCACCACUACCAUUGUCACUGCUACAUCUACCACUACCAUUGUCACUGCUACAUCCACCACUACCAUGGUCACUACUACAUCUACCACUACCAUUGCCACUACUACAUCUACCACUACCAUUGUCACUGCUACAUCCACCACUACCAUGGUCACUACUACAUCCACCACUACCAUCGUCACUGCUACAUCUACCACUACCAUUGUCACUACUACACCUACCACUACCAUUGUCACUACUACAUCCACCACUACCAUUGUCACUGCUACAUCCACCACUACCAUUGUCACUACUACAUCUACCACUACCAUUGUUACUACUACUACUACCACCAUUGUCACUACUACAUCCACCACUACCAUUGUCACUGCUACAUCUACCACUACCAUUGUCACUGCUACAUCCACCACUACCAUGGUCACUACUACAUCUACCACUACCAUUGUCACUACUACAUCUACCACUACCAUUGUCACUGCUACAUCCACCACUACCAUGGUCACUGCUACAUCUACCACUACCAUCGUCACUGUACAUCUAGAUGUAGCAGUACACGUUGUUGUCCGGCAGGACACCAUGAGAAUGUCUCGUGGGAAAGUAGAAACAGGCGAGGUUAAAUUCGUGAUGCUGUUGAAUGCAAAGGAGUACAGAAUGAGUGAUGGGCGGGACCCGUUCCCGGUCGGGCUGACGGGGCCCUUCUCUUUGGGUUAUGAAAGAAGCACAUUGUCGUCUGCUAUCGUCGAGCAGAAGCAGACGACAUCCUCCCAGCGUGAAGGAGCCAAUCAGAAAGCAGGACAGGGAAUCCUCGCUGGCGGGACGACGAUUCUCAUUGGUCGACCUUUGUCCAAUAAUGUAAUACUGGGGUUUAUUCACAAGCGGCUGACCGUGGGAAAACCUGAGUCGCAGGCUUCGGCCUGUGGUAUAUGCAGGACAGUGUAA